GACUUACCAUCGACGUCGACGGGCGGAGAAGCUUCAGAAGAGGGACCCCCGCCCCAAUCUCCCUCUCUCUCUGCCGUCGAACCCUAAACAGACUGUUGCCUACCUCUGAUCCAGCGGCCUUUCUCGCUUCUCCGGCGGAUUCCGUCACCGGAGAAGUAGGUCGAUCUGGAACGUAUUCGGGCUUCUUUGGAUAUGUUGUGUUCGGAGGAAGAAAAACGUAGGAUUUUAGCAAGCCUUUAAGCGACUCUGAAGGGCCGAAAGGAAGGAGCGCGGCGUGGAGAGGGGGGAGAUGAAAGGGCAACCCGUGCCUGUGGAGGGACAAUGACUGGAGGGUCAUUGGGUCUACGCACGGGAAGUUAUGGAUCGUUGCAGCAGCAGCAACAGUCGCCUAACAACAGCAUCCUCCCGAUUCAGCAGACAUCGCCUUUGGUCGUGCGGAAGCCCUUGAAGAUGUGUUCGAAGGAGAGGUUCCUGCCCAGGAUCUGCAAGUUAUUUGGCCGGAGGCGUGCUGGAAUGCUCAUCCUCGCUGCUGUAUCAUUGCUUGUAUUCUUAUCGCUUUUUACCUCCUUAUAUAAGGAAGAAGAUGCUCAAGAAGUUCCUGUAAAUAGAAUGCCAGUCCAAUCCAUUUCACACGAUGGAAAUAAAGGUGCCACAAUGAUUAAUAUUAGAAGUACAAUUGAGUAUGGGGAACAUGGUAAAACAAAUGAUGAGUUCAAACCAUCAAAUGUUUCAUUACAUGAGCUUGAGAAUCGUGGCCACCUGCAUUUUCCUGCUUCUCCUCCUCCACCUCCAAUUGCUACUCCUGUUGCACCUUUAACAGUCCAUCCAUGUGCCCAUUUUAUGGUCCCACCUCCUCCACCAUCUGAUAGAAGACGAAUUGGUCCUCGUCCAUGCCCAGUUUGCUACAUCCCAGUUGAGCAGGCAAAGUCUCUUAUGCCAGCAACACCUUCAAUAUCUCCUGUGGUUAAGAAUCUAACCUACAUUGUCCAAGUUGAAAACCUGGUACAGAAUAAUUCUGCUGCUGGAUCCACUUUUGGUGGAUAUCCUUCUCUUGCAGAGAGAGAUGACUCGUACAAUCUGAAGGAGUCGAUGACCAUCCAUUGCGGGUUUGUGAGAGGAAAUAAACCUGGUAGCAAUACUGGAUUUGAUAUCAAUGAGGCUGAUCUUCUGGAAAUGGAGCUGUGUGAUGGAAUUGUGGUUGCCUCAGCCGUUUUUGGUAACUAUGAUGAAAUACAACAGCCAAAAAAUAUCAGUGAUGUUGCAAAGCGAGAUGUUUGUUUCUUCAUGUUUGUAGAUGAAGAAACAAUGUCCUUUAUAAACAAGACUAAUGCGUUGGAUAGUACAAGGAGGCUAGGGCUGUGGAGGGUUGUUCUUGUGAAUAAUCUACCAUAUGCAGAUGCAAGGCGUACAGGAAAAGUCCCAAAGCUAUUGCUGCAUCGGCUCUUCCCUAAUGUUCGCUUUUCUAUAUGGAUUGAUGGGAAACUAGAGCUUGUCAGAGAUCCAUACCAAAUUCUCGAGCGAUUCUUGUGGAGGACAAAUGCCACUUUUGCAAUCUCUAGGCAUUACAGGCGCUUCGAUGUCUUCGAGGAAGCAGAGGCUAACAAAGCUGCAGGAAAGUACGACAAUGCCUCCAUUGAUGCACAAGUUGAAUUCUAUAAGAAGGAGGGAUUGAGCCCAUAUUCUUCUGCCAAGCUUCCUAUAACUAGUGAUGUCCCAGAGGGGUGUGUGAUUAUAAGAGAGCACAUCCCCGUUACCAACCUGUUCACUUGUCUGUGGUUCAACGAAGUUGAUCGCUUCACUUCCAGGGACCAGCUAAGCUUUUCAACUGUAAGAGACAAGUUCAUAUCCAAAGUGAAUUGGGGCAUUAACAUGUUUUUGGACUGUGAGAGACGCAACUUCGUAAUCCAGGCAUACCAUAGAGAUGUGUUAGAGCAGAGAAAUGCGAUGAGGGCUGCAGCUGCCAGGUUACUGCCAGUUGUGACUGGUGAUCGCCAUGUGAACCUACCAAGACCACCAGCAACGCCGCUUGUGAAUGACAGGGUGGUUGUGAGAAAUCCAGUUAGAAAGUUGCCAACAAAGCGUGUGAGAGAGAGGAAAACAGGCUCACGACGUCACCGGUCUAAAAAUGCUGGCUUUAAAGAAACCAAUUUUUCUUAAAUUAUUAUUCUUCAGCCUGAUUUUUUUACUCAUUCAAAUCAUUUAUUUGGUGAAAAACGAGGCCUUGGGCGGCUGAUUGUAGUAACUUAAUGGUCAGUAACAAUAGUCCUUUCCGAAUGAGUGUCGAUAUGUAUUCUUGUUGUAAAUAGUCAUUUUGAGAAAAUAAGAAGAGAAGAACAAGCGGCUACGCUCCUGCCCCCCAAGCUUUAGCCACGGUACUUGGUGGUUUCUUUCAAUUCUUUGGAUGUCCACAAGAAAAUGUAUAAUGUUCAGAACGACGGAACCUUAAACAUUUUGGAUUCAGAACCUUUUGAACUGUACGUGUAGUGAUUCUUUUUGCUGGUUAUGCAGCUUCUUGUCUGAACUUGUCCAGUUUGACCACUUUGUGAGGCCAUUAAAUCAUGGGCAAUGGAAUAUAUUUGCUGCAACUUUUGGAAUAGUCCCUGCAACUAGUCUGCAGGAAGAUGGAUACUUUGUAGUGUUAAAAGGCCAAGUUUGGUUGAUUGAAAUUAUCAGUCAUAUUAUGUUAGAA